CAUCGCCAUCGUUAUAAACCUUCAAACCCUCUGCACUUUAUCUUCAGAAACCUUACAACCUGCCUCGUGUCCAUCAAUGGUGAAUCCCGAAAUAGGAUUGGAGGUCAUUAUCGACUCUUCAACCAUCAAACAUCAAGAACGAUCCACGAAGCAAUCGACUGUUAGAAACCACGAAAUCCCCACAAAACGAUCACAACAAGCCAUUAUAGCGAGGAUCAAUGCAGGGUACUUUAGGAUUUGCAUGUCCCUUGGUGGUCAAGCUUUGUUAUGGAAAAACCUAAGUGAACAAGCAGAUAUUUCACCAACAAUCGAUAAUUUGUUCACUAAGUUACCUUCGACCGCGUACUUCCUCAUAUGGUGCCUUGCGUUAUGCGUGUUCAUAUCUCUCUCCGUUCUCUAUGUUCUCCGGUGCAUUUUCCACUUCAACAUGGUGAAAGCCGAAUACCAUCACCAUGUUGGAGUAAAUUACCUCUUUGCACCUUGGAUAUCAUCACUUUUGUUACUUCGCUCAGCGCCAUCAUUCAUAUUUCCAAAUAAAUACUCUUACGAAUAUGUAUGGUGGCCCCUUAUCAUCCCUGUCAUUGCUCUUGACGUUAAGAUAUAUGGGCAGUGGUUCACGACGGAAAAAAGGUUUCUUUCGAUGGUUGCUAACCCUACAAGCCAGUUAUCCGUUAUCGGGAACUUGGUUGGAGCCCAUGCUGCCAUUAAAAUGGGAUGGACAGAGAGUGGUAUUUGCUUAUUUACGUUAGGGAUGACACAUUAUUUGGUGGUAUUUAUCACCCUUUACCAGCGAUUAUCGGGAAAUAAUCACCUCCCCUCUCGACUCAGACCCGUCUUCUUCCUGUUCGUCGCCACCCCGAGUAUGGCGGCCUUAGCAUGGAAAUCGAUUACUGGGAACUUUGAUAUCCUUUGCAAGAUGCUCUUCUUUCUAUCCUUAUUUCUCUUUGCAUCAUUGGCUAGUCGACCAGCUCUAUUCAAGAAAUCGAUGAAAAGCUUCAGUGUAGCAUGGUGGGCCUUCUCCUUCCCGUUGUCCUUCCUUGCACUGGCCUCCACGAAAUACUCUCAAGAGGCGAAGGGGAUGGCAGCCAACGGAUUGGCACUUGUUUUAUCAGCGAUUUCGGUUCUUGUUUUCGUUUUUCUGUUGAACUUUGUUGCAGAUUAAAAGGUAAACAGAUGUGUUGGUGCAUAGAUACCCUGGAAAGAAGCCGCUAUUUCAGUUCACAGCAGAUCCAUAUUAUGUUCGUACACAAGAUGAAUUUGUAUUGUUUUGUAAUAUGGGAAACUCACGGGUAAUAAUUAUAAAAACAAAC